AUCAUGUCACAAAUUAAACGUGGAGCCUUCAUAGUCUUGGAAGGCUGUGAUCGAUGUGGUAAAUCUACGCAAUCCCGGAAAUUGGUGGAAUAUCUAGAAAACUGUUCGAUUCCCGUCAAAUAUAUGGCAUUUCCUGAACGUUCAUCGAACAUUGGCCAGUUUAUCAAUGCAUAUCUCACCAACAAACAGGAGCUGAACGAUGAAACUGUACAUCUGCUAUUUACUGCCAAUCGUUGGGAACAUAAAAAUCAUAUCUUGAAUUUAUUAAAUUCCGGUACCACUUUGGUGGUAGAUCGUUAUGCGUACAGUGGUUUAGCCUAUAGUGUGGCCAAAGGAAUGUCCCGACAAUGGUGUAUGUCACCCGAACAUGGUCUACCACGUCCCGAUGUUGUAUUCUAUUUAAAGACGCAUGUUGGCAAUCUAUUAGAUCGUGGCCAAUUCGGUGAGGAACGUUACGAAAAGGAAGAUUUUCAAACGAAAGUUGCACGCACCUUUGAGGAAAUCUAUCAAAUGGAACAACACUAUUGGCAUCCGAUUGAUGCCAAUCAAACGCAGGAUGAAAUACAUACGUUGAUAAAGCAAAAGACAUUGGAGAUUUUGAAAGAGGUGGAGAAUACGAAGCCGCAAGUAUUGGAUUGGUUAAAUAAAUGA